AUGAAUAACAUCACAUUAUAUUUGAUUUUGGAAUCCAAAGAUCAAGCACCUAAACUAACACAAUAUAACUCCAUUUAUAUUAUUGAACUGCUUGGUGAGGCAAUUCAACACCUGCACAACCACGGCGUGCUCCAUAAUGACAUUAAAAGCGAUAAUGUCAUGGUAUGCCAAGCAAAUGAAGAUGGGAAUUUGCAGCUGGUAUUAAUAGAUUUUGGUAAAGCAUGUAAAAUUGAACAGGCCGAGUAUUGUGACAUUCCGAAAAAACGAAGGAAGAUGUACAGAGAGAAACAUUCACACAUUGCCCAGGAAAUUGUCGAAGGGAUUGCUAAGCAGUCCACCGCUAGCAAUAUUCUCUCAGUAGGAAGAAUAGCUUAUCGUUUAGGCCAACAUGUCUAUUCGAACGAAGUUACAGAUUUGAGCAUUUCAUGUACAAAUGAAAAUGUUAUCGUUAGAUGUAGUCUUUCGCUUGUAAUCGAGGAGUGUUAUAUAAUGUUGUCUAGAGUUGAGAGAGACAGGAAUGACUCUGUUUAUCUAGUGCCAGUACAUCUAUUUGAGUAUUACUACAGAAAUUGA